GGUAUGUUUCCGCAUCGACCGUCGGUAGCUUGGUGUAAAAUUGCCAACAAACUGCAGUUUCGAUGUAAUCCAGCGAUUAAUUUUGCCAGAAAGUCGUGAAAAUAUCGUCGAAAAUCGAAAAACAGUGCGUGACUAGUGCCGCGGACAUGGAAAAGUGCCCAAAACGCACCCGAUCGAACUGAAAUAAGCUACGGGAAGCUUCGACAUAACCUUAAAAAUCGUUGACAUUUGUGCAAAAUAUUUAAGUGUCAAAAUUUAAUAACACACCAGAUCAAAUUCGACAACAAGGUAGAUCCAGUUUUUCGGAGUUUAUUCCCGAUUCGAGGGUGAAUGUAAAUAGAGAGAUCAUAGUGCAAAGCGGAAACGAUGUCCACCUCGAAUCAGUUCCACUUGCGCGAGGCGGAACACCAGCGCUUCCAAUCCACCAGCAGCGCCGAGGAGAACGAGUCGGGUUCCGAGGAGGAGCAGCCCAUCCUGUACCACCAGUACAACCAGUACGUGACGGAGGAGAGGACCGUCAAACGGCGGGGGCACUUGCCUAAAGACUCGGUGAAGAUCCUGAAGAACUGGCUGUACGAGCACAGGUUCAACGCGUACCCCACCGAGAUGGAGAAGCACAUUCUCUCGCAGGAGACCAACUUAACCGUGCUGCAGAUCAGCAACUGGUUCAUCAACGCGCGCAGGCGGUACCUCCCGGAAAUGAUGCGCCGGGAGGGUUACGAUUCGUUGCACUACACGAUAACCAGAAGGAGGAAAGCCUCCAGGCGGAGCAACGGGGAGGUGUACCACAAGGGGCGUAAAGUCGGCCGAAUGGACGGAGGAAGCGAAGACAGCGAAGAUUACGACGAAACUACCAAUGGGUAUACCGAAGAAAUCGACGCUGACGAGGUGGAGACCAAAUUUAACCCUUGGCAAGCCGAUAUACACUACGGUUUGACGGUUAAUCCUGCUGAAAGAGGGAGUGAGGCCUUGGAAGUUGGUCACACAGAAGAGGUGGAAAGUUCCGGCGAAGUGACCAGCGCCUCGCAAUUCCCCUCUAACCUGGUCAUGGUCAAAACGGCUUCCGGUAAAAACGUAUACCUCAAAGUCGUACCUCAGGGCAACAAAGUGCUAAGCAACAACGUUCCAAAAACGUUUUACCUUAAGACAGCCAAAAUAAUAAAGCAGGCCCAACAGCAACAACAAAUAGCGCAACACCCGCAAAUCGUGAUGCAAGAAGGCGAAGAAAUCCAGGACGACGAAGUCCAAUACGAACAGGAAGUCGUCGAAACGGAAGAGCAUUUAAUGAACGAGGAGGAAGAAGAAGAAGAGGUGUGCGAGGAGGGUUUGGUGGAGGAAGAAGUGGUCGUCGAAGAGGGCACCUUUUUGAGCGAAAACAUCUUCGAAACGUCGUUCGUACCUGAAACUGAGGAGGUCUUCGUUAACGAGGUCACAAUCGAGGACAACGUUAACGAAGUCACCAUAGAAAACGGACCGGAAGUGGUCCUGGGCGAAGAGGUCGUCGUUAAAGAGGAGAUUAUCGAGGACAUUGUUCUAGAACAAUAAUAAUUGUAUUUAAUUUUAUUUAUUUAACUUUUAAAUUUAUUUUUAUAGCCCGGGUCACCAAAGAAUGAGUCUUCUUCGUCGUUUAGUUUUUUCCAGAUAACUUCUUUCCCAGCGGUGGCAUCUCAAAAUGUGUUGCAUAAAAAUUGUUCAGCAAUAAAUCUCUGCAAAAAAGGUUCAGUGAUUUUUUUCGGUAAAAUAAACCGUUUGGCUAAUAUCGCGCCCCAAAGUUACACUUCAACAAAAUAUGAACGUUUCAGAACAGCUGACUUUAACGAUCUAU